CAAUUGAUGUCCACUUUAACCAUGAUUUGGACAUUCAUUGUCUACUUGUUUCGGACACUGUAUCGCAUGGGGUGGUGGACACUGAUUGCCGUAAUCCCUAUCAUGUUAUACAAUGUCCACCUGUUUCGGACACUCUAUCACAUGGACGCCAUGUCUUUGAUAGUGUUGGCGAUUGCGGUAAUCCUUGUGACCAAAUGGAUUGUCCGCAAACUUGAGCCCCGGACCCGACCGACUCGAGCCCAGGGAAGGGUCGCCAACAAUGACACUAUUGGUGGCAACGGUUGCCGUUCAUUGAGAGCCAUGUUCUCGGGUGACCCGAAAACGCCGUUAUUUGACCCAAAUUUGGUCAAAAUGUUGAAUGAACUGCAGGACAAACUCAAUGACAGCCUUGCGUUGGAUUUGCCGCAAAUAGUGGUCGUCGGCGGACAGUCGUCGGGAAAGUCCAGCGUUUUGGAGAGCAUUGUUGGCCACGAUUUCCUGCCCCGCGGGUCGGGUAUUGUCACCCGAAGACCACUUGUGCUACAAAUAAAGUCAGACAAAACCAUUACCAGAGAUUUCGGUGUAUUUCUUCAUUUACCCGAAAAGAAGUUUUACAAUUACAACGAAAUCAGAGAUGAAAUCAUUGCCGAAACCGAUCGAGUAGUGCCCGAAAGCAGAGGAAUAUCAUCGAAACCAAUCAAUCUGAAGAUCUAUUCCUCCGAAAUGUUGGAUCUAACUCUUGUAGAUCUGCCGGGAAUGACAAGAGUGGCCGUUGGGAACCAACCCAAAGAUAUUGAGUUUCAAAUCGAGAAAAUGAUUUUGGAUUACAUUACUGGUGAAAAUUGUCUCAUUUUGGCCGUCACUGCAGCCAAUCAGGAUUUGGCGACUUCUGAUGCCCUAAAACUGGCCAAUAAAGUGGAUCCCAAGGGCAACCGCACUAUUGGUGUUCUAACAAAACUUGAUAUCAUGGAUAAGGGAACCGAUGCCCGCAAUAUACUGUUAGGAAAACAUGACAUCCGUUUGAAGAGGGGUUUCUAUGGAGUGGUUAAUCGGUCACAAAAAGACAUCGAAGGAAACAAAAAAAUGAAGAAAGCAAUGGAAGACGAGCACAAGUUUUUUGUGGAUCACCCCUCGUACGGGCCAUCGAUGGCCAAACGUAUGGGUAUUGAAUAUUUGAAACAAUUCCUUCAGAAGGAACUGUUUGAACACAUCGCCAAUCGGAUGACACCAAUGAUGACCAAAACAGAAGAGAAAUUAAGACAAAUUACUGAAGAAUUGGAGGGAAUUGAGUUCCCGGAGGACCCGAUGGAAAAGCAAAGAAUUUUGGUUCAAAUGAUUGAAAAGUUUUGCAAACAUUUCAAGAGCUCAAUGGGAGGUAACGUUUGGGAAGUGGAUGUCAAUGAUCUGAGUUGCGGUGCGAUUAUCAAUGUCCUGAUGAACGACACGUUUCCCAAACAAAUUGAUCUCUUGUUUUACGACGAGAAGCGUUUGGGCCGUAGAAUCGCAACAGCGAUUCAAAACUCUUCGGGCACUCGUUUGGAUGUUUUCAUUCCCAACACCGCAUUCACCACAUGUUUUGGCCCACAAAUCGAAUUGUUCAAAAAGCCGUCAAUCGAUUGUGUCGAUUGGGUUACCGAUGAGAUAAGGAAAACAAUCAACAAAUGUUUGGAUGAUAUCAACUGUUUUCCUAAUUUAAAGAAAUCCUUCGCCGACUUAACUCUGGAUUUUGUUCGCGAGUCUAAUAAAGAGUGCAAAAAAAUUGUCAACCAUUUGAUUAAAAUUGAGAAAUGCUAUCCAAACACACGUCACGAGGACUUCAUUGAAAUGAUUGGUGAUAUCAAGACUACACCCAUAGCACCGGCACCACCAGUGAUUGGCACGGCUUUAGCGGUUCAACAAAACGCACGGAAUUUGAAAUGCGAUUGGAUUUCAUACCAGAAGAAUGACUUGUGGUUUGUUCUCAGAGAUAACACUCUUUACUGGUUUAGAGAUAUGAAACAAAAUGGCAAAAAAGGUUCACUCGAUUUAAAUGGCUGUCAAAUGGUGUUCAAUGGUUGGAAACUGGCUAUCAUUUUGCCAAAAUCUUAUCGCAUUAGCAGUGACUUUAUAUUGGCUUUUAAUUCGGGUGAAGCGAUGGCCAAAUGGUAUCAAUGGUUAGUAGAGGCGGGCGUUACGAGAAGUACGAGAAUCGCUCAAACCAUUGAUUGGGAUUCAAAAUGUGACGAGUUUUUUGAAAACGGUUCCCAAUUGAGUGCCAAUGGUUUGUCUCAAGACAUGUCGUUUCCCGACGUAAUGAAACCACAAGUGGAUGAAGUGAAGCGAUAUCUUCACACGUAUUUCGUGAUACUUAAGAAGACAUUUAAGUUAGACAAACUCAAGGGAACCGUCGCUUUAGAUUUGCCGCAAAUAGUGGUCGUCGGCGGACAGUCUUCGGGAAAGUCUAGCGUUUUGGAGAGCAUUGUUGGCCGCGAUUUCCUGCCCCGCGGGUCGGGUAUUGUCACCCGAAGACCACUUGUCCUACAAUUGUUUUUAGACAAAAACAACACUAAAGAUUUCGGUGAAUUCGAUCACUUCAAGGGUAAAAAGUUUUACGAUUUUAACGAAAUCAGGGAUGAAAUCACUGCCGAAACCAACCGAGGAGUGUCCGAAAGCGCAGGAAUAUCACCGGAUCCGAUCACUCUGAAGAUAACCUCUUCGAAAAUGUUGGAUCUAACUCUUGUAGAUCUGCCGGGAAUGACAAGAGUGGCGGUCGGGGAUCAGCCCAAAGAUAUUGAGGACAGGAUUGAGAGAAUAAUAUUGAAAUACAUUCGCGGAGAUAAUUAUUUGGCCACUUCUGAUGCUUUAAAACUCGCCGUGGAUCCCGAGGGCGAUCGCACUAUCGGAGUGCUCACAAAACUGGAUCUCAUGGAUGAGGGAACCGAUGCCAGAGAUAUUUUGACGGGUAAUCAUAAGAUCCGAUUGAAACGAGGGUUUGUUGGCGUUGUGUUGCGAUCGCAGAAAGACAUCGAAGCCAACAAAGACAUGAAGAAGGCUUUGGCGGCCGAACAGCGGUUCUUCGAAGAUAACCCGUCCUAUGGGCCAGAGUUGGCCAAAACGGCGGGUAUUAAAUACCUCCAGAAGUUUCUCCAGAAACAGCUGUCGAGUCAUAUCGGCAAACGAUUGGUGCCAUUGAAGUCCAAUAUGGAGUCAAAUCUGAUGAAAACCAAUGAAGAAUUGGCCAAAAUUGAGUUCCCGAUCGAGAGCUUAGAUAAGGAGAGACUUUUGGCCAAAACUAUAGACACGUUUCGGAACUGCUUCAGGAGCUCAAUGGGAGGCAAUGGUAAUGAAGUGAAUGUAAAACAGCUGACAUGUGGCGCCCGAAUCAAUGUCUUGAUGUGCGACACGUUUGCCAAAGAAGUGGAUGAUUUGGACACCGAUGACGACAGUAUGGGCCGAGAGAUCGCGAUCGCCAUCCAAAACGCCUUCGGCUCCCAUUUGGGUAUUUUCAUACCCGACGACGCCUUCACAGCGUGUGUUGUCUCCCAAAUGGAGCUAUUCAGAAAGCCAUCAAUUGUUUGCGUCGAUUGGGUCACCGAAGAGAUGGUUAAAACUGUCAAUACAUGUAUCGAUGAUAUUCACUGUUUUCCUAACUUGAAGCAAAUAUUUUCCCGUUUGACGCUUGACUUCAUUCGCGAGUGUAAUAAGAAAUGCAAAUCAUUUGUCAAUCAUUUUAUCGAUACUGAGAAAUGCUUUUCUUCGGGAAAAUCCAGUGUUUUGGAGAGUAUUGUUGGCCGCGAUUUCCUGCCCCGCGGGACAGGUAUUGUCACCCGAAGACCACUCGUUCUGCAAUUAAUAUAUGAUAAAAAUAAUACAAAACCGUUCGGAGAAUUUCUUCAUUCGCCGCGAAAACAAUUUGAGAGUUUUGAAGAAAUACGCGAUGAAAUCACAGCUGAAACCAAAAGAAAGGUUAAGGAAAGCCGAGGAGUGUCAUCGAAACCAAUCAAACUAAAGAUCUAUUCGCCGGAUGUGUUGGAUCUAACUCUAGUUGAUUUGCCGGGAAUGACAAGAGUGCCGCUCGAGGAUCAGCCCAACGAUAUUGAGUUUCAAAUUGAAGAAAUGAUUUUGAAAUACAUCGGAAAAGAAAAUUGUCUGAUUUUAGCGGUCACUGCAGCCAAUCAGGAUUUGGCCACUUCUGAUGCCCUCAAACUGGCCAAAAAGGUUGAUCCAAGCGGUGACCGAACCAUUGCUGUCCUCACAAAACUGGAUCUCAUGGAUAAGGGAACCGAUGUCAGAGAUAUUUUGAACGGCAAACACGGUUUUCGAUUGAAACGCGGUUUUAUUGGUGUCGUUAAUCGAUCCCAAAAAGAUAUCGACGAGGAAAAAGACAUUACGAAAGCGUUGGCCGACGAAAGCGAGUUCUUUAUCGAACAUCCGGCUUAUGGACCAGAAAUGGCCAAACGAUUGGGUAUUAAAUACCUUCAGGAAUAUCUACAACAGGAACUGUCAAACCAUAUUUCCCGCAAAUUGCCGCCUUUGAAGACCAAAUUAGACUCAAAACUGCGCGAAACUAACGAUAAAUUAGAAAAAAUAGAGAAACCGUUAAAAGAGGACAAUAAAGAACUACUUUUGUCUGAAAACAACUAUCAGUUUCUGGAGUUGUUUAAGAGUUCAAUGGGAGGAAAGGUAUGGGAAGUGAAUGUGACUGAAUUGAGCGGCGGAUCAAAGAUUAAUCUACUGAUGAACGACACGUUUGCCAAAGAAGUGGAUGAAAUAAUUUGCGAUCAAAAUCGUUUGAAUGAUGAGAUCGUAAUCGCUAUCUAUAACUCUUUUGGCACACAUCCAGGUCACUUCACACCCGACGCUGCCUUCAACUCAUGUGUUAUAAAGCAAAUCGAAAACUUCAGGAGACCAGCACUGGAUUGUGUGGAUUUGGUCACCAAUGAGAUCAUUGAGACAAUCAACAAAUGUACAGAAGAAAUGCAAACGUUUCAAGAAAUAAAGGAGAAAAUCAGAUUUUUAACGAUUGAAUUCAUUCAUACAUCUAAUAAGAAAUGUAAGGAACGUGUCGAGGAUUUUGUCGAAACAGAGAAAUGCUAUCCGAGUACAUCUAAUUAUAAUGAUUUUGUCAAACAAAUGAGUGAAGAAAAGACUGCGUCCAUCGCUGACGUCCCGGUGAAAGUGGCGGCACAAAUGGUUCAGCAGACCAUUCCUAAAGUCAUGAGUGAAUUAGUGUCUAACACGGCAUCGAGUGCUGGUGAGAAAGACAUGGCAACAAAAGUGGACAAAGUGAAGAGAUUAGUCAAUGCAUUCAUUGUUAUAAUUAAGAAGAAUUUCAAAUCAAUUGCCAAAAAUAUGUCAACACAACUUAAUAAACUCUACUGA